AUGGCGCAGCCGAUCCCGCAGCCUAGAGGCAUACCGCUCCUGGGCAACCUCUUUGACGUAAAGCCCAGCAACACAUGGACGUCGCUCAAGACGCUCGCCGAGACGCACGGCGAGAUUUUCCAGAUCAAGGUCUUUGGUCAGACGAUUGUCUUUGUCGCGGGCGCGGCGCUGGCCGAGGAGAUUUGCGACGAGAAGCGCUUCCGCAAGUACGUCGGCGGGCCCGUUGUCGAGAUCCGCGCCGCCGUGCACGACUCGCUCUUCACGGCCUACGACGGCGAGGCCAGCUGGGGCGUCGCGCACCGCAUCAUCGCGCCGCACCUCGCGCCGGACGCGAUGCCGCGGUGGCACGCCGAGAUUUGCGCCACGGCGCAGGAGAUGGUCGACGGCUGGGGGACGACGACGACGACCAUUUCCCCGUUUGACCAGUUCGCGCGGCUGGACCUCGAGACGACGACGCUGACGCUAUUCGGCAAGAAGCUGGGCGCGCUGACGGGCCCGCCGCACCCGAUGCUGCAGGCCAUGGAGGACGCGACCGCCGAGGCAGUGAUGCGGCCAACGCGGCCGGCGGUUGUCAACUCGCUCCUGUACGGGCGCAAGUUCAGAAACGCCAUCCGCGUGAUGCGCGCGUGGGCUGCCGACGUCGUGCAGCACAGAAAGGACCACCCGACUGACCGCCAGGACAUCCUCGCCGCGCUGCUGACAGGCAGGGACCCCGAGACCGGCAAGGGGCUGACCGAGUCGCAGGUCGUCGACGAGGUCGUCACCAUGCCCAUCGGCAGCAGCACGGCGCCGUGCUUGCUCACCUUUGCCCUCUACUGCCUCCUGCGCAACCCCGCCGUCGUCACCAAGGCGCGCGAGGAAAUCGCCGCCGUCGUGGGGGCUAGCGGAUCGCUCGAGCACGCGCACAUUGCCAAGCUCGAGUACGUCGGCGCCAUCAUCCACGAGUCGCUGCGACUGUCCUUUGCGGCGCCGGGCUUCAACAUUGAGCCCAUCCCGUCGGCGGACAAGGCGCCGGUGCUGCUCGCGGGCGGCAAGUACCAGGUCGCGCACGACCAGGCCAUGAUCAUCGUCAUGGCGGGCGUCAACCGCGACCCGUCCGUGUUCGAGGACCCUCUCGCGUUCAAGCCCGAGCGGAUGCUGGGCGACGCCUUUGCACGGCUGCCGCCCGGCGCCAAGAAGUGGUUCGGCAACGGCAAGAGGGAGUGCAUCGGUAAGGCGUACGCGUGGCACUGGAGCGUCCUGGUCCUGGCCAUGAUGCUGCAAAAGAUGGACUUUGAGGCGGCGGACAAGCGCUACGUCCUGGAGAGGGAUGGCUGGUUCAACUACCGGCCGGUUGGGUUCAAGGUCAAGGUCAAGGCCAGAGCUUGA